AUGGAAUCUGCGGAAAGCAGCAUAGAGACGGAAUCACUCCCAGCGGUCAAGAACCUUCGCUCCAAGUUCGAGCAACUCUCCAACAGGCCCUCCCCGAUUGGACUGGGAUUGCCGUCGAAUCAUGUUCCGCGUCCGCGAGCCACUUCGGGCUCCCAUUCUAGUGGCGAUCGCCCCCCAAAUAGCCCGACUCUCCGCUCCACGAGCUCUUCCUCCGAACUGUUAAGCAGGAAACCUCCCCCACCCCCGCCACCAUCGCGGGCGCGGGCGCCUUCCCCCGCAGCAUCGCCUUCGCUUCGUCCUGCGUCCGUCGGAAUCGAUAUUCCAGAAGCACCACUCAACUUGCAACCGACUGAACCCAUUUCCUCGCCAUUUCUGUCUCCGCCUGAGAUCCAUGUUCCAGACGCCCAGUCCAGUCCCGGAGUGUCAGCGUUACGCAGUCGGAACGCACCAUCCCCAUCACCAUCCCCUUCGCCCCUCCGCCCGAGCAACAGUCUUCGUAGACCCCCACCUCCGCGACCGCCCGCACAGCAUGCGUUUCUCGGUGAGAUGGAGGAGACGUCUUCUCCCCUUCCUCUAUCUUCCGAGGACGAAUCUGAAAUCAUCACUUCCCUUGCCAAUACCACUGCACCAUCACUUCCAGCGCGUCGACCAAUUUCCUAUCAGCAACCAAGCUCAAGUCAAGAAAGUGACGUCGUGCGCCGGAUUCCUCCGCCUCGACCGCCUCGAACUGCCAAGUCCGUAGACUCGACGGUCAAAGGCGCUGAGUUCAUUGUCAAAGCACCGCCUCUACCCACUCGGCGUUCACCGGAAGACGCGGUGGGUCCGCCAGUUCCCAAUUUGGUCCCUCCUCGACUCCCCAUGCGCCCUGCUUCAGUGAUCCCAGCGAUUGAACCCGAGGAGCGCAAGACACUUUCUCGGCUGCCGCCGCCUCCAACUCGGACAAUCGCAUUGGGCGACAAGCUUCCGCCCGUCAAGCGGCCUUCGUCGCCAUCGUCCGAGGAGGAAUCCGCUGACGAAGGCCCUCCAGAUCUGCCUGACAGCAGUCGAUCGUCGCGGAAGCCGCCUCAUCUUUUGUUUCGCGCGGGACAGAAUGAUCUCAAGAUCACUGUUCCCGCGCAUUCGGGUCUGGUCAUAGUGUCCGGCACACGCAUUGUCACAGCCACGAACCACCAUAUCAAGAUCUACGAUGUCGCUCAGUCAGACACACCGGUUAUCUCGCUAGAAAAGAGGGAGAUCGGUCACAGUCAAGGCCUUAAAGAACUGCGCCCAACAAGCAUGGAGUAUCGCACAUGCGGCCGUCCGGGCGACCGUGGAUUUUUGUUGUGGAUUGGUACCAAAGAUGGCCAUCUCGUUGAACUGGAUGUGCGCACUGGAGUCGUGACUGCUGCCAAAAUUGGUGCACAUCUCCACCCGAUAGUUAGGAUAUUCCGCCACGGACGAAGCAUGAUCACCAUGGACGACGCUGGGAAGACCCUGCUGUUUGCUCCGUCCGAUGACGGAGAGGAUAUUCAGUUGGCAUUCACCCCACCUCGCGUCACUCGUGUGACGGAGAAACAAGAUUUCGCCCAGCUGAUCUGCGGAAAGCUCUGGACGGCGUCUAGGGUCGACCUGCACGGCUCACGGUUGCAGACCAUCCGGGUAUACGAUCUGUUUGCUCCAGGUGCUCCGUUUCGGGCGGUGGCGCCAACUGAGGCGAUCGGCGCCAUUACCGAUGCUACGAUGCUUCCCUCGACGCCGGGCAUUGUCUAUGCUGCUCACGAGGCAGGGUCAGUGUCUCUCUGGAAACUCGAUCAAGAUGGCUGGCCGCAAUGCAUUGACAUCGUCCGGGUCGCCAUCUCAGACGUGCUGUGCAUUGAGGGAGUCAACAAUCGGCUGUGGGCUGGGGCCAGGAACGGCGCCAUUUCUGCCUACGAUGUAUCUGUCAAGCCUUGGGUUAUCACCAACUGCUGGAUGGCCCACACCAAGCUGCCGGUCAAACAGCUUUCGGUCGAUCAUUACGGGAUCGAGAAGACCGGGAGACUGUGUGUGACUAGUGUUGGCCGUGAUGAGCAUGUCAAGCUAUGGGAUGGGCUCCUCGCGUUUGAUUGGAUCGACAUCGAACUGAUGAAGCGUGAGGCGUCGUUCAGCACGUUCCGAGACCUCAGUGUCCUCAUCAUCUCGUGGAACUGCGACUCGGCGAAACCUGAAUCGCUCACGGGCGACGCAGCCAACAUCAAUUUCCUGCAUGACGCGCUAACGAGUGUGGGGUGCCCCGACAUCAUCUGUUUUGGGUUCCAGGAGCUGGUCGAUCUCGAGAGCCGGAGACUCGUUGCGAAAAACGUGCUUCUGGGACGGAAAGACAAGCAGGACGUGUCCGUCGCACAGAUCACAGGAUUGUCUGGACUAUCCGACAAAGUGUCGACCUCCUAUCGCAAGUGGUAUGAACAUCUUGUGCAUGCGGUUCGUCUUGCGAUGCCGGCCCAAGUGCCGUACACGGCGAUCCACACCGAGAGUCUGGUGGGAUUGUUCAGCUGCGUGUUUGUGAAGAAUUCGGAGCGGACAUCUAUCAAGGACAACGUCAUCACUUCCAUGAAACGAGGAAUGGGGGGCAGAUAUGGUAACAAGGGUGGGAUCAUCACUCGUUUGGUCAUCGAGGACUCGUCAAUCUGCUUUAUCAACUGCCAUCUGGCCGCUGGCCAGCAUGCUACCAGAGCCAGAAACGCGGAUAUCGGGGCAAUGCUCGAGGAGCGCUCGCUUCUUCCUGAGAGUGAGCACGAGCCCUUGGCCUAUGUCGGCGGCGGGGACGGGCAAAUGGCUUUGGACCACGAGAUCGUCUUUAUCAACGGGGACAUGAACUACCGUAUCGAUCUUCGCAGAGACAACAUCAUUGCGGCCGUCCGUGCCAACGAUCUGGACAGCAUCCUACCCCACGACCAACUUCUGAAAGAGAUCAAGUACAAUCGUGGCUGCCGUUUGCGCGGAUUUUCCGAGGGCUCACUCACCUUUGCGCCAACCUACAAAUAUGACCGACACACCGACGUUUAUGAUACAUCUGAAAAGGCGCGUGCACCCGCGUGGUGUGAUCGAGUUCUCUGGCGGACGCGAUCGCCGAACCGUGUCAAGCAACUGCAUUACCAGCGAUACGAGGCGAGCGUUUCCGACCAUCGCCCAAUCUCCGCUGCAUUCAAAGUCACUGUCAAAACCAUCCACCAAGAUGUCCGACAGAAGGCCAAGGCCGAAACCGAGUUGCAAUGGGCAGUGGAACAGGAGCGCCUCCUCUCUGUCUCACCAUACCAUCAUGUAGCUAGCCACCCAAACGACGUCACUGUGGAAGAACACCCUGUCAUCACAUAUGAGUCCGCGUCUUGUGAUUCCGAUCCAGUUCUGCACUUGCGUUCAGCAUCAGCCUGCAUAACAUCGCCGAAAAACCGAGCACGACGCGAUCGCCGAAACCGAGCUGGUGGUUUUGGUUCCCAGGUCACCGGGCCUUCUGUAACUCCACAUCGGCUUCUUGACCUCCUCCGCGCACCAGACCCAAUACGCACUGGCCACUACGAAACGAAGAUAACUUGGAAGGGCCAUUCUGAGCGCGUCCGUCACUUGCAUGGAUGUAACAAGGUGCACUUUGGGUGGGAAUUUGGGCGGAAUAUCGAAGCCGACGCGGUUUUUAGGCCCAACGACCCUUCCGCGAUUUUCCAUGAUGCCUUGCGAAACAAUAAGGCCGUCGUGUGCGCCUUGUCGGCAUCGUACAUAUCGACUUUCGCGGGCUACCCCCUCGACUCUCUGAAAUCAAGACUGCAGACGCAGCGUGUGCCAAUUAGUGUCCCGAAGCUGGCUGCGCUCGUGUACCGAGAGGAAGGCAUUACGGGAUUCUAUCGCGGUCUGUGGAUCCCUUUGUUGACGAUAUCGUUCGUCCGUGCGUACUGCUCCGUCGCCAUUCGCGGUCUGCCCCAUCCUGACCUUCAGGUCGUAGGCGCCGCGAGUUUCACGAUCUACACGGAGACGAAAGAGUACUUUCGCGUCAAUCACUAUCUCGACCGUGACCGGAUUCUGGAUGCGGCGUUGGCGGGUGGUAUCGGCGGGGCGAUGUCAGGGUCCUUGAUUUCGUUCGGCAGUGCCCCGUUUGAGUUGGUCAAGGUCCGACGACAGCUCGAGUACGCCAUUGCUGCCAGCAAGGGGCAACAUCUUGUUAAACCGCCGGGAACCGCAGCAGCAGUGCGGUUAGUCAUUCUGCUGUAUCUCUUGACCAUCCCCGGUGACGCUUUCCCUAGAGAGAUCUUCAAAGCCAACGGUGUGCGGGGCUUGUACACUGGGUUCCGACUGCAUUUCUUGCGGGACACCCUCGGGACUGGCCUCUAUUUUUUCGAGUAUGACGGCAUGCGACACCUGCUAGGUCGACAUCGAAAUGGCGAGCAGGGCUCCACUCCAUCAUGGCUGCCUGUGCAUGCUUCCCUGGUUCCAUUUGUCUGCGGCUCGGUUUCUGGCGUGACUUCAUGGGCUCUGAUCUAUCCGCUCGACGUCGUGAAGACAAAGAUGCAGCAACGUGCUCUUGCCGGAGAGCGCUACCGCAGUGUCGGGGAAACAUUCUUCCGACUCAUCCGAGGUGCGAUAGACUUCUUUUCACAAGUCUCUCCCGACUCAAAAGAGACAGGCCCUGAUCCGUCUGCUCCCAAAUCUUUCCUCGAAGGAUGCGCUCGCAUAUAUCGAGGGCUCGGAUUUCCUCAGCUUCUCGAGAAUAUACGGCUGCAGUCUUGUGAGGGCCUCGCGCUGCCCUUCCUUGCUAAUUGGUUGCUCGGUGUGUCUCUCGGGUAUAUCCUUCGAUUCGAACUCAUCAUCACAGGCGAUAUCGCCAACCUCACUGGAUGCUUACUAACGGAACAGCUGCCCUUCCAGACGUAUCUCGCGACCUAUUUUGUCUUCGUCGACAUGAUACUGUUCUCGCAGUAUUUCUACUACGGCGGAGGGAAGACAGUCUCGACGUUCGGACGCGGAAGACGGACAUCCGCUGCAGCAGAUCGGCACUAUCGCACGCUUUCGGUCGUGGCAGCUAAUAUGUCCACUGCCGCCGCAUUGGCAGCGCAGGCACACGAGAACACCCGGCGCAGCAUCGACCGCAUGUCGGCCAGUAUGCUGUCGGACGACGUCCCGGAGGGCGCGAUGUUGGGCAUGGCGGAUAGCUUUCACUCGGAGCGGGCGGCAUCGAAGAAGCGGGUGUCAUGGAGCACUGAGAGGCACGGGCGCGGGGGAAGUGUCGGGCGCACACCCAUGCCGCGCGGUGUGUUUACGCCGAGGACUGGAACUGAGGAAGAGGGAACCUUCCGGGGAAGAUCGCUGCAGAGAGAUCUACAGGCCUCCGAAAGAGACGACGUCGUUCCCUCAUCGGUCGACUCUCAGCGAAAGAGCUCCCGGGCGAGCAAACGAGGUGCCAAUCUUGUGUUUCUCAGCGUGAUGGCUAUGUUUGGAAUGCGUGCCUGGAGCGGGAACCUGGCUCCCGGAGGCAUCAUGGUGCGAAGGGAUCUGGCGGAUAGUGGCCAUGUCCUUGCCGAUGUCCCUGCUAUCGUUCAGGAUCUGAGCUCCUCUGAAGCUGUCCACGUGUACCUCCCUGUCGCAGACGAUCCGACCCAUCACGAACCGGAACCUACAAAUCCUUCCAACGAACGCCUAAUCGGUCGCGUCUCCGCCUGGCUUUGCACCACUCUUUAUCUCACAUCUAGAUUGCCGCAGAUAUGGAAAAACUAUGUCAGGAAAUCCGUCGAAGGCUUGGCCAUCUCUCUCUUUGUUUGCGCAUUUUUGGGCAACAGCUUCUACGUCGCCUCUAUUCUGACCUCCGACCAAGUUUUUCUGCCUGCUCCCCAGUCGACGGACUUUCUUCUAGAAAGCUUACCAUAUCUGCUCGGAAGCGGCGGGACGCUGACGUUUGACAUCAUCAUCGACCAAUGGCGGACAACGACUACCCUUGCAUCCUUGCUGGAGGACCAUUAUCCCCCAUUUCUUUUCUCCGCCAUGUCCCGUCCCUCCUCCCGCCGCGACGCUCCCAAUUCACCGCGAUCUUCGAUUUCCAGCAACGACAAACACUCUCAACACACCACUGAGCUCCCAGAGCUCCCUUCAGCGCAACCCGCUUCAGCACCUCAUGUCACCAAACCCUCUCUACGACUUCUCUUUUCCCUCAUCCCCCCUCGACAACGCGCCCUCCUACUCAUUCCUGCCAUCGUGUCAUCCCUCAUCGCCGGCGCAAUAGCACCCUUCAUGACCCUGGUCGUCGGCCAGGCGUUCAACGCAUUCGCCCGCUUCGAUCAAUCCCUACCGGCGAACCAGGCGUCCAAAGAUCGGCUCAUGCAUUCUAUGACUGUAUCGGCUCUCGAGCUCGUUGGGCUCGCGGUUGGAUCAGUUCUGUUGAGCAGCCUGAUGAGCAGCCUUUGGAUAUGGACUGGCGAGCAGAAUGUUCGCGCCGUCCGGAGACGCAUAUAUUCUGCUGUCACACAGAAGGAUAUGGUCUGGUUCGAUGCCAAGAUGGGCACUGAGGGAACGCAGGGGGAGGACGAGGGCCCCAUAGGUGCUGGUGGCUUGAUGGCCAAGUUUGCGAGAGAGACAGACGAAGUUCGCGAAGCUUCCUCUCUCGCAGCAGGGCGUCUCAUCCAAUACCUGACCACUUGCAUCGCUUGCCUUGCCUUGGGGUUCAUGCGAUCGUGGUCAUUGACUCUAGUCAUCCUCACCGCUGUGCCGGUCCUCGUCUGUAUCCAAAUAGCUUCCCAGCUUUUGGCUGGGCCACUCCUCAAUGUCGAGCGCUCGACUACAGCUGUCGCUGCGACCCACGUCGACCGCGCCUUUUCUGCUAUCAGCACGGUCAAAGCAUUCAAUGCCUCUGGCUACGAACAGCAUAAACUUGAUGGAGCGUUGGACAAGAUGUCCACUGCAACCAGGAAGCUGGUGGCAGUCUGGGGCGUCACGUCUGGCUGUGCACAAUUCGUUAUGAUGGGCAUGUUUGUGCAGGCUUUCUGGUUCGGCAGUAAACUCGUCAAGGAAGGCAAAAUCGGUCCUGGCGAUGUGAUGGCCGUCUUCUGGGCCUGCUUGAUUGCCACCAGUAAUCUGCAAAUGUCCAUUCCCCAGUUCAUCGUCCUCACCCGAGGCAAAUUCGCCAUUGUGUCCUUGCUCGCCGUCGUUGACGAUGACGGUGACGACGGUUUCGGCGACGUACCCUUGUCGCCGACCACUGCGAUUCCGGCUGCUCGUCCGGUCCAGAGACGAACGAACCAACAUCUGCGCAAAAUUCAGCCCAAACGAUGCACGGGCGAAUUCGCGCUGCACAAUAUCUCGUUCGCCUAUCCAUCUCGUCCGCACGUGACCGUUCUUGAAGACGUCAAUCUCUUCCUUCCUGCGUUUGAGACAACUUUCAUCGUCGGGUCCUCCGGCUCCGGCAAGUCUACGAUCGCGCAUCUACUCCUUGGCCUGUACACUCCUCAAGCAGGCUUGAUCGAGUUGGACGACCAGGAUAUCAAGUUCAUCGAUGAGCGGUGGCGGCGGAGACACGUUGCUAGUGUCGAGCAGGGAUGCAUUCUCUUCGACAUGAGUGUGUUCGACAACGUUGCGCUCGGUGCUGGUGGUCGUGAUGUCACACGAGACGAAGUGCAGCAGGCUUGCGUUACUGCGCUUAUGCAUGAGUUUGUUCGCGACCUCCCUGAUGGCUACGACACGAUGCUUGGGACCAGCGGUGCCAGCCUCAGCGGUGGACAGAAGCAGAGGCUGGCGAUCGCGCGAGCUCGCUUGCGGGAUCCGACUGUUCUCAUUCUCGACGAAGCCACAUCGGCGUUGGAUCCCACGUCCCGAAUCCUGGUCUUCGAAGCUAUCAAGCGCUGGCGCAAGAACAAGACCACGAUUGUCAUCACUCACGACCUCUCACAAAUCACAUCCAGCGACUUUGUCUAUGUCCUCAAGGACGGGCAUGUCGCCGAGCAGGGUUUCCGCUACGAUCUCGAGGUCUCUGGAGGGGAAUUUAGCGAGAUGAUGAUUUCCCAGGGUGCCACAGGAGGAUAUCUGCCUGAAAAGCAUGUGGACUCGGCCAUGCGCACCUACACUCCCAUCUCCGAAGACGAGGACAAGACUGAGUUGACACAUCCAAGUGUGGGUGUGACCACUACGUUUGGGUGGAUGUUCGACGUCGUGACUGACCUCACCACGGUUCCGCUGGCUUUCCCGACUGCCGCAGAGACAUUCGAGGACGAUGAACCCUCUGUCAGCGAGAAGGUCGCUGUCACGCGAUCCCGACGCCCUUCCAGUGUCUACGAACACCCUGUGUCCCCGCUUCCGCUCAUGACACGUGACUCUCGCCGAUUCAGCCUGCAAUUCUCGCCUACUUCGACGACGUUCAACUUCCCGACUGCCGAUGAGCCGGAGAAGUGGAUCGAAUUCGACGAGAAGGAACUAGAAAGCCGUGGCGAGCGUGCUUCCCGCAGACGGCGUGCAUCGCAACCCCGGAAAGCGCGAACGAGAUGGGAAGACAGCAAGGCUCUUGACGUCCAGGUUGAGAAGCCUUCCGGGGACGUCUCUGCCCAGCCGGAGAUCUCUGUAUGGCGGCUAGUCAAGGACAUCUAUCCCACCGUGCCGUAUAAACCCCUGCUCGUUUUCGGGCUCGUCGUCUGUCUCAUCAGCGGGGCCAUCACGCCCUUGUUUUCGUUCCUCUUGUCACAGCUCUUCUACGAAGUCGCCAACGGGGCGAAAGACACUGCCAUGAUCAACAAGUACGGUGCGAUCGUUCUGUGCACUGCUGCGUUGGACGGCAUCUUCAUCGGCCUCAAGUACUUUAUCAUGGAGUCGACGUCUAUGCUCUGGAUCACCCACCUUCGCAAGGUGUGUUUCAAACUUGUCCUGGCCCAGGACAAGAAGUGGUUCGACAAAUCCGACAAUUCACCUGUCCGCCUGGUGCAAGUUCUCAUCAAAGACGGCGACGAUGCGCGCAACCUGAUCGCUGUCGUUCUUGGACAGCUGGCCGUCGUCACGAGCAUGCUCGGGGUCGGCCUUGUCUGGGCGCUCGUCAAGGGCUGGCAGCUGACUCUCGUUGGCUUCGCGAUCGCCCCGGUCUUUGCUGUUGCGAUGGCUGUGCAGACUGGGCUGGUGGCGAAAUGCGAGGCGAGGAACAAACAUGCGAGAGAGCAGGUUGCCAAGGGCUACUACGAGUCCAUCCUCAACGUGAGGGCCAUUCGCUCGAUGGGCUUCGAGGCCAUAUUUCAGAAGCAGUUCGAAGCUUCUACGGACACUGCUCUGCGUGCUGGAGUUCGGGGUGCUUUCGUUGAAGGGUGCACCUAUGGCGUGGCCAGUGGCCUGAUCUAUCUCGCCGAGGCUCUCCUUUUCUAUGUCGGAGCAGUCCUCAUCGCGCAUGGGACCUACUCCUACCUGCAGAUGGUCCAGGUCUUGAAUCUGGUCGUCUUUACUGUCACGUUGGGCUCUCAGGUGAUGGCCUUCACGCAGAAGAUCGCGCAAUCAGUGCAGGCCACUCGCGGCUUCAACGAGAUGCUCCACCUUCCCACCCAGACCGAUGAGUCGGCUGGAAUCAUUUGCCCGCCUCUGGACGGCCCCAUAACGCUGCAGAAUGUCGAUUUCUCGUACCCCGGGCGGCCCGAUGUGCCGGUUCUCCGGGAGACCAACCUGCAGAUCGACCCCGGCGAGUGCGUGGCUGUUGUCGGUGCUUCUGGCUCCGGCAAAUCCACGAUCGCGGCACUGCUUCAGCGCUUGUACGAGCCGCAGAACGGCCGGAUCUUCGUUGGACUCGACGAGCUCAAGACGAUGAACGUCGUCCACCUGAGGCACCACAUUUCCGUCGUCAGCCAGAACCCGAAUCUGUUCGAUGCGACCGUUGCGGAGAACAUUGCCUACGGAAAUGCGGAUCUCCCGUUUGCCGAUAUUCGCCGUGCUGCUCAGGCUGCGAAUGUGCACGACUUCAUCAUGUCGCUCCCGCAGGGAUAUGAUACCAUGGUCGGCGAGAACGCGUCGUUGAUCUCUGGUGGACAGGCGCAGAGACUGUCGAUUGCACGUGCGCUGGCUCGCCCGUCCAAAAUCCUGAUCCUCGACGAGUGCACAUCGGCGCUGGACCCGGCCAACCAAGCUGUCGUGCUGGACACCGUCCGCCGCGCCAAAGUCGGGCGGACGACGGUGAUGGUCACACACAAGCUGCCUGUGAUGCAGAUGUGUGACCGGAUUCUCGUUGUGCACGACGGACGCAUCGCUGAGCAGGGCACGUACGACCAGCUGAUCCAGCGCAAAGGCAUCUUCGCGCAGCUGGCCAGCGGUGGCGAAUGGGAGUGAGCCAUGUCCUUUUUUAUUACCUAAUGAAUGCCGUUACUAUAUCCUUUCCCUAUUUUUCCAUUCCAUCUUGCAUUUGUAGUCGUUACACAGCACACAACAUGAUCUGUAGUAGUAAACGCUUUCGGAUAGAAACAAGCAGCGCAUCCUUGUACACAUUCUGAUUCUGAAAGAGGUCACAACAUGACCACUCCGACACCCUUUCCGGGCUUGGUAUCUCCCUCGGCGGUCAUGCCGGCCAGCUUCGCAGUCCGCCAGUUGUACAAAUAAAAGUUGAGGUAUCCGUCGCCAGGCCCAAACUGCGGUCCAGCGAGUGAGUCUAGGAACACAUCCCGCGGCUGUGACUCACCUUCAGCUCACGCAGGAUCGACACAUUGUCCAUCAGGGUCAGAGCGUUGAAGACAUCCAUCUUGGCCUGGUUCGCGAUCACAAGCGCAUCGCCGAUGAGGAUCCGGAGACGCUCCUUCAGCCGGCCGUCUUCCUCGCUCCCCUCCUCGAACGCUACCUCAGUCGCGUAGUAGUAUAGGGGAGGAAGUAGAACGAGAAAAAGUCCGUGAUGCGCUGUGUUGCAGGGUC